AUGGACGACACGACUACUAGUGUCCCAGAUAUGAGUAAAGAUGACUCGUAUGAUCAAGAAUUAAUAGCAAAUUUAAAGAAACAAGUAGAGAAAUUGACUCUUCCAUUAAGUAGUGCUGAGGAAGAAAUUGGUAAUCUUACAUUAGAAAACAACAAUCUAAAACAGUCAAACGAGAAGCUUCAAAAGAUUAAUAUACUUUACAAAAAAAAUUACCAACAGCCCUGCAAAAAAAUCUAA